UUGAAUUCCCUAUGCGGAAGGUGAAUUGUUGGUUCGUGGGAAACACGGGAAAUGGUCACCGGUCGCGGAUAUGAGUGCCGAGGUUAGUGCACCCCAAUGGCGAUCGCUCGGAUACAACGGUUCAACAUCCGACGGUUGCGGACCGCCACCACAAUCACACGCUGCGGCCACCGUAUCGACGUCGCCUGCCCUGAGCAAUGGCGGUGGUACGGCCACCGUUGUUGCAGCGACAACGCUUCCUGAUCUCAGACCGAUCGGUGGAGAUGGUGGUGGUGGUGGUGGCGCCGGCGGCGUUACAGUGGUAUCCCCAGCUUCCGUCAAGCCGGAACACACGAGCGGUGCCGGCGAGAAGCACAUCAAUCACAACAACAACAUAAUCAACGUGGCCAGCAGCGGCGGGCCCCGACUGACAACCGGCGCAGGGUCGUCGGUAGUACCGGUGGUGGGGUCAUCCGCAAAGGAUGAGGGAUGUGCGGAGGAGUUCAACUGCGAGCUAGCGUUGGGCACAACGCUAGCUGAGAUUGGACAGGAUGAGCGGGGCGACGGAGAGUCGGGUGAGUCGGGAGGAGGUGAUGGAGGGGAAAUUGGAAUUGGAACGGUCAACGAAUCGAACACCGAUCGUGAUUCUGGGUUUGAAACACCGUCGCUAGAUACGACCACGAUUGGUUGGGAGAAACCGGAAGUGGAUGGUUGCGUGACAUCCGAGAAACAUCGCACCGAAGCCGAGUGCGUGGGACAAGGACAGCAUUAUGUUGCACACGUUGUUGCAGGGGAGUGCAGCGAAUCGAAGGAUACGAAGCUGAUACUGAGACGGCGGAACGUCACGUCGGCCUCACCCGGUGGUAGCAGCGGAAGUGAGCAGCAGCCACCAAAGGAUGCGAAAAGUUCCAGCAAAACGAUGACGUCAAACCUGCCGGCAAUUGGCAUCGUUAAGAAGGAGGCCGGCGAACUACAACAGUGUACGGAACCGGUGGUCAAACCAUCGACAAUGGUCGUGGUAAAGCAAGAGUUGGUAGAAUCGGGAGCAAUCCCACCACAUCGAACCGUGGGUCAUCCACCAAAACGAUCAGGAUACAAAGAUGAUCCGCUACCGCUGCCGCUGGAACCGAAAGAGCACCGCAAGUCGAACCGGCGAAGACAGUUUACGGAUCGGAUAAUUGACACGCUCUGCUUGCCGGAAAUCUUCUUCAACGCACGUGUACGCCCGAAACCAAAACCGAAGUUGACGAGUAAGGCGAGUAAACAGCCGGGCACGACGGGUGGUCCCGGCACUGGUGUGAAGAAACGUGCCAUUCCUGCCCUAACGGUCAAACGACCACCAAAGUCAUCGUCGCAGCUAGUAGCAGCAGCACCAGGCCAGCUGCGUUCCUCGUCCGCCAUGUCAAAUGGAGGGCUGGAAAUGUCCUCCUCGGGCAGGUCCUCGUCGGCGGCAUCACAGAUUGUGGGUGGUGGUGUAACGUUGGAACGAUCUCCGAGCGUUCCAUGUACGACCAUCACCACCUCCAAUACCACCACAGUUCCUAGGGUAAAUCCAAUCUUCCUCUUCGUAAAGCAGGAAGACACGCGCAUCGUGGAGGUCCGGUGCGAAGACUACGACAAGCGCAACCGUAUACGAUUGACCCGUACCGGGCCGGGAAGUUGGCGGGCGAUUCCACGCACCGACACCAGCUCGUCCGUAAUGUUUUCCCUGCUACCGCCCCGCUCCGAGAGUGGCUGCGAGGAGGAAACGGCCAGUGAUAGUUGCUGUGGUGGGCGCACGUCCGCCGUAUCGGCGUCAUCGGCACCCUUGUCACCAAAGUACAAACUUUCCACAAAAUCCGCACACAGACAGCACCAUCAUAAGCAUAAAAAGAGCAAGAAGAAAAAGAAGCGGCACGCCUCGGAAGGAACUUCGGAGGGCGCGAGAGAAGGGGAGACGGAGGAGGAGCUGGGUGGAGACAGUCGAAGCAGUACUAGUUGCAGCACCAUCAGCAGGCUGGUGGCGACCGGACAGCGAAAGGUUACGUUUAGUGUUGGUGUUAAGCAGGAGAAGAGCGAAUCAGCUGCUGCUGAUGUUGCUACCGCGACGGGAGCCAUCGAAGAUGGACCGGCGGAGGUGUACCAUGAUCACGAAAGGAUACGUGCGGCUGAGCAGGAAGCAGCGGCGGCGGAGGAACGCGAUCGUGAAGAAACGAUAGCGGAACUGAUCCGGAACUAUCACGAGCAGCAGCGUAGACAGCUGCAGGAGCUGCAGGAGAAGCUGCAGGCCAGCAGAAGAAGUGAGCUGGCAGCAACUACUGGUGGCAGUAGUGCAAGUGGUGGUCACCAUAAUAUCACUAGUUUUAGCGAAUCCAGUACGUCGAACAACGUCAACAACAUUAUUAGCAACGGUAAUCACUCUAGCGUUAAUGGCAGCUCCGGCGGGGGCGAUAUGGAGGUGAAGGCGGAAGAGGACGGUGGAACCGGCUUCUACCCGAGGCUGUUGCUGGGCAGCAAUAGUAGCAAUAAUACAAAUAGCAGUAACAGUAAUAGUAAUAGCGGUAAUAGUAGUGGUAAUAUCAACAACACUAUUGGUAGUAGUAACAGCAAUGGCGGAGAAGGACGAACGCUCGAGAACACAAGCAAUAGCCAUAAACGGCAGCCCGAGUUAUCCCAUAAGUUGGAGUUACUGGAGCUGGACGACGAUGACGAUGAUGAUGAUGGUGGUGGUGGCGGUAUUGUGGGGACCGGCAAGGUAACCAUGCUCGAUGACUACGAAGUGCACGACGAUGAUGUGCAUGGUUCCACGCUGGCAGCACUAGCACGGACAGCCGAUCGGGAGUGGCCGAUUGCGCUGGCGAAGAAAUCGUCAGAGAUGAAAGCUCGCCGAGCGAGCCUCGAGUCACAGAUACCAACAAACGUCAUCCCGGUGCAACAGCAGCAUCGGUGCAGUGACAUUGGGGCGCAUGCGUCGAAUGGGGAUCCGCUCGGCAGUUUGGUCCUGAGCGUGGACGAUGAGGAGGACGACGAUGGGACGGCGGCAAGCGGUCUGCUUGCACUGGAUGAACUUGGGCUUAAUCAUCAUCAUCAGCAGCAGCACCAACACCACAACAUUGUAGACGACGGUGCCGACGACGACGACGACGACGACGAUGUGCAACUGCUCGGCGUGGAAGGCGGUCGGUCGAACUUCGGCGUAGACCACCAUCACCAUCACCACGGUAUGCACCUGCACCAUGCACUACACUUCGACUCGGCGGUAAGACCUUCGCAGGGAGACGACAUCGAGCUGGUGUCUGCCGACGAUCACGCUGGUAGUAUUGGUGCCGGAAAGGAAGCUGGGGAACGACGACGACGACGACCGCACGAGCACGACGACGAUGGUAGCAGUAGUAGCAUCAACAACAACAACCUCCACCACCACCACCACCACCAUCCGGACGAUGCCGAUGGUGGUAGUGCACUGGCGGCGGCGAUAGCGGCAGCGGUGGCAGCAGCGGCGGCCGCUGCAGCUGCAGCCGAUGCACCAUUAGCAGUGACGAGAACUGGCAGCUCCACCACCACCGUCGUGGAGAUAGACGACGACGAAGUGUGCGUUCUCGAGCAGGAGAAACGGCCAACACCAACACCAGCAUCGCAAGGACGGCUUGAGCAGCAUCAGGACCAUGCGAAAAGAGCACGACUGACUAACGACGAUGGUACCACGACUUCCACGGCUACGACGACGACGAUGAAUGCCACAAUCGGCCCGGAUUGUGUAGGGACGACGUUCGCAAGAACAACCACUACGACAACAUCCGUGCCGUCGUCCGGCACGACCACCUCCUCCGCAUCCUCCUCAGGCGCGAUGGCAGGGGUGGGAUGUGACGCGGGCAAGACGAAAUCGACUUGCAUCGAGAACAACGCGGAAGUGCAUCAUCCACCGCACAUCACCAUCAGUAGUGAUAGUGAGCUCGACGAUGACGAUCCGAAGCACGCGCUGCAACAGCAGAACUCGGAUCUUCAGGAGCAACAGCAGCAGCAGCACCAGCAAGAACACCACCAUUUGCACCAUCAUCAUCAUCACCUGCAUCAUCACCAUCAUCAUCUGAGCGCGGAGUUUGGUGAUCUGAUCGAAGGCAUCGGCGAACUGCAGGCGGCAGGUGGAGCAGGUGGAGGUGGAGGAGCAGCAGCAGCAGCAACAGCAGCAGGGGGAGGAGGAGGCACGGCACACGCCGGGUCGGAGGAGGAGGACGACCUGCUGAAUGCGGCUGCAGCAGCAGCGGCAGCAAGCUGUGGCGACACCACGAUGACCGGAGCCGCCGAACUGCUCGACUCGCUGGUGGAGCAACAGCGCCGUGCUGACGGUGGUGGCAUGGGAGUGACGACCACCGCUGCUUUAUCCGUUGGCAAAAGCUCCAAUCCGAUCUACACGAUCGCGGACGAUUACAACGACGACGACGAUGAUGAUGUGCUGCUGGAACCGGAACCGGUCGCGGAUAUAAUCUCCCGGUUAGGUGAAUCGCUGAGUACCUCGCCGAAGUGUUUGUCGUUCAAUGAGGCUGGUGAAAUCGAAGGUCUUACGGGUGAUCUGUUCGGGAGUGGUGGUGGUAGUGGGGGUGGCAGUGGCGAAGGUAUCGAUGGCGGUGAUGUUGGUGAUGAUGAUUGUCUGUUGCCCAAUCCGUUCGCACCGCAACCAACGGCAUCUUCCGCUACAUCACAGCAACAGAAGCAGCAACAAUCCGGCUCGGUGGAUCUUGUGUCGAUGACGAGCAGCAGCAGCAGUAGUGCGACGAGUGGCGGGAACGAUGGCGCAACCACAACCACAACAACGACCACUUCAUCGGCCGCGUCCUCCUCCACAACCACGCUGGAGGACGAGCUGUCCAUCACGAUAAAGGAUCUGACGGAAGCGAGUGAGCAUGCGAGUUCCUAUUUCGCAUCCGCUGCCAACCGGGUGGUGGAAACGGCGAGCGUUACAAAGGACGCGGGCGAUGGUGAUAGAACGACAAGUGGCAAUAGUGAAUCGUCCUCGUCCGUAAGUACCUCCGCGAAGGAGUUGCCGGCGGAGGCACCGAUUGUGAUAUCGCCCGACUCGUGCCAGGAGGAACUACCAAAGGAUCUCAGUUGUCGUAAGCGAAGUCUUUCCCCUUCCCCACGGCCCGUGUCUCAUAGUUCCGACGCGAUACAGUCACCUCAACCGAGUGGACUGCCGGCAGUGCCACCAUCGCCGGAUCUGUUCCUACAACCAAAGUCCAUCUCAGCGUCCAGUGCGAGCAGCAGUUCCACGGCUUCCAGUGUAAUAGAGGCACUAAUGUCCCAGGCAGCUGCAGCUGUGGUAGGUGCAGCGAAAAGUGGUCGACCUUCUUCAGCGGGUGGAGGUAUUGGGGGAGGUUCGAAUACGACUACGAGUACGGCAACUAGCACUAGUAGUAGUGCGGUGGCCACGACUACCACCACUAAAACGGGCAACACACUACAGCAGAAGGAACCACUCGAUCUUGGAAAGUGUCGGAAAUCAGCCAGCCCUACUGUGAGCUGUUCCGAGGAAGCGAAACAACGGCUCUCGUCAUCCUCUUCAACUGCGUCCUCUUUGUGCAGUAGUGGCGGUAACGCGCACGAUGAAACAAAUGAACCGAAAGCGAAACGCAUCAAAACAGAUCCCGAGCAGCAACAACAGCAGCGUCCAAUUAGCGGUCCAGGUAAAGCACUUUCGUCUGAUGCUCGAAGUAUGGCCUCCACGGUAGCUUCUGUAACGACAUCCAGCACAAGCGGUCCCAGUGUUGCCUCUCUUAUAAACGCAAUGGCUGCCGGCGGCAGUGGGCCAUCGGUAACGCCCUCCACGCAGAGUGCGGCGGCUGCUGCAGCAGCUGCUGCCGCCGCAUACAGCAAUCUCAACGACUCAGCUCGCCUGGUCGAGAUGCUAACCUCGGGCAACGAUCCGGAUCCACUUACCCAGCUUCGUCUGCUUGUCGGCAACCCGGCCUGGAAGGUCCCGGAUCCGUUACUAGUGCCAAAGGAUCGGUUAAAUGCGGUGCUGGCAUCGCCGGCCCGUGAAAUACCCUUACUUCUGACGACCCGUCCCGAGCUACGGCUACCGGAAGCGUUCGCAUUUCCGAGCAUUCUCCAAGAUCCGGACAUACUGGUAAUCUCGCUCCAGCAGCUGGAAACCAUUCUGCAAACGCAGGAAGAGCUGGUGAAGUUUAAAUCGAAGAGCACACUCGAUGCAACGUCAGCGGUGGCCACACCGCCCACUACACCGGUGGCAAUGGCAGCUGCAGCAGCGGCAGCGGCUGCAGUAAGCAAAAAAUCGCAUCCACCAGCCGCCACACCAACACCGCCCAGUCCCUUGGAGACGCUAAAGCAAACGUUAUCAGCGCAGGCGGCUAAACAGAACCCAAUGAUGAGUUCGCUGCUUGCAUCAGGUCUCGCGGGAGAUAUUGAUGCCGCUACAACGGCCGCUUUCAAUCAGAUGCUCUGGUUACCGUACCUUGGACAGAUGGGACAGUUCGCGCCAGAUCUACUGAAAGCAAUGAUGAAUCUUCCAAACACCGCAUCAGCGGCUACGGUUGCUGCGGCGGCAGCAGCCGUUGGUGGAGCCGCAGCUGGAGCCGGUGGGACCAGUCUUGCCGAUAUGUUACCAUUUAUGGGUCCACGGUUUCAGGACUUCUGUGGGUUGCCACCGGCUAGCGCUGCCAGUCCGCUCGACUAUAAGCGUCAACUGGAGCUAGCCGUACUGCAAGAAGCGAUGACUAGCGCCAAUUUACAACAGCGCAAACAGCAAGAAGCGGCACAAAAGAAAGCAGCCGCGGCAGCAGCAGUCGCCGCAGCGGCAGCGGCCCACGUCGACCGUAAACCUGUCAUCGGUCCGAAGACACUCGAGCAGCAGCGUUCCGUGGCCGCCGUUACUGCAGCAGCCAACAUGUUCCAAAAUCAGCAGAAGAAGGCGGCCGCGGCCGCGGCAGCAGCUGCCGCCGCUGGUAUGAUCAAUCCUCUCUCGAUACCUCAGUUCAUGACACCGCCCACUAUGACGCACGGUAGCAGUAAUCGGUAUGGCGGUGGAACCGCUGGUACCGGUGGAGGGUCCUCCCGCACAUCCGCCCAAUCCAUGCUGGCACAGCAGCAACAGCACCAGCAGCACCAGCAACAACUUCAACAACAGCAGCAACAAUCGUUCAGUCCGAGCGGUUUCAAGAAUAUGGCCAACCUAAUGAACCAGGCGGCAGCAGCUGCGGCAGCUUCCGGCGGACGGCAGCAGCAUUCAGCCGGUGCAAGUUCCCAUCGUCAGCAGCUCACUGCUAUGCAGAAAGCGAAGCUGCAACAACAGCAGCAGCACCAUCAGCAACAGCAGCAGCAGCAGCAACAGCUACAGCAUCAAGCAAACAUGGGUGCAGCGGGCAUGUUCGGUUCGGCGGCGGCCAACUCAUUCUUCAACCUUCCCACCAACUUCCAAGAGUUCCACGAACAGCAACAGCAGCUCGCCCGGAAGCUUCAAAAAGAGCAGCUACACCAGCAGCAGCAACAUCAGCAACAACACCACCAUCACCAUCAGCAGCAGCAGCAGCAGCAACUUCAGCUUCAGCAACAACAGCACCAACAACUCCUGCAGCAACAGAUGCAACAGCACCAUCAUCAUCAGGAAGAGCAAAAACCGCGCGUCACGUGCAAAUCGCUGAUGAAUCUGUUGCAACCGGAAAAGCAACAGCAACUGCACAAGCAUUCCGGGUCGGGUGGUGGUGGUACAAACAGUUCCGUUGGUGGUGCCGCCAGUGCUUCCAGCAAGCUCGCCAACCUGAUGGCCAUCCCGGGGAUGGACCUUUACACAGCGCAACAGCACGAGCAACUACAGCAACAAAUGUUCCUACAGCAGCAGCAGCAGCAGCAGCAACAACAGCAACAGCACAACUUCCUCCAGCAACAGCAGCAGCAGCAACAUCAUCUAAUGCAAUCGGGGAAUGCUGGUGGAAGUGGCGGUAGUGGUGGUAUGCAUCAGCAGGCCAAGCUGAAGGUGAAACCUGGGCUGCACCUGCUCGAUCCGGCCGCCGUACAGAGACGGUUGCUGAACACGGACGAUCUGGCGGAGGUGGGCAGUACAACGAACGGGCUGGACGAUACGACGGAUCUGUCGUCACCGUUGUGGCAUCCGCUGUUUGGCAGUGCUCAAAAAGGUCUUGCGGCGGGUGUUGGUGUCACGCCAACCGGUGCCAGCGUUAGCAACCUGUCGGCCCUAACUGGAAGUGGUUCUUCCGGUAGCGGUACCGCUUCCUCGAGCGGCAGCAGUGGUGGCGUUGGUGCAGGUGGCAGUGGCAGCAGUGGUGGUGCAGGCACCGGAGGCGGUGGAGGAGGAGCAGGUGGUGGUGGUGCAAGCAGCUAUCACAGUCCAUGGCAAUGGACUACGAUUACUGCGACGGGCGAAUGACAUUAUGGGGCUCGUAAAGAGCCCGCUGUUGCUGGACCACAAUCACAAACGGUUCCACUGAAUCAACAGCACCAUAGCAACAACACUUCCAGUACCAACAACAACAACAAUAAUAGCAACAACACCAACAACAACAACAACAGUAGCAAC